UGUAGGCUAGCAGGUACAGGUUGCACGUAGCCGAUGCUAUGUACUACGCAGUAUGUAAUGAGCCUCUAUGAGGCCGUCAUUGCCAUUUAGACAUGAUCUACAUCGGCAGUAGGGACCCGCUCCAAUUGGAAAGUGGUGAUGGUAGAAUUGCUCCUGCCUUGGUCUUCAAUGACGUCAUGCACACGUAUAAGUCUGUACGACAUAUGAUAUGAUGAACAGUGAACACAGGUACCCUAGGUACUAGGUAUGUAGUUAGACUUUUCCCUUAAAGAUAACAUUGAAACAUUGAACCCAAACACACUCAAAGCCAAAUAAAUAUACUUGCAACCAAUAGAUUUAUCACAAUUACCUACAAAUACCUUAGUAGGAAUAAUAACAAUGCUAGUUCAAACAAAAACCUCAGAUAUAGAGAAGCCGAUCGACAGAAGCCGUCACCCGCCAAUUGUAAGCUCCAUUCCAAGUGUAAAUGUCACAGUCGAGAGGCAACCAUUUCUUCAACCAGAUGACGACCAACGGUUACCACAUACAGGCACCGCUCGAGCCAAUAUCGCCGCCACAUAUGACAAACCAUUAGGAACGACAGAGGGCGGGUGGGCCAAGCAGCAUCAAAACAAGACAGUGCUUCAGCAACACUGCGAGUUCUUUGAUUUAGACCACGACGGUGUAAUAUGGCCACAAGACACAUUCCUGGGCUUUCACCGCAUUGGCUUCGGCAUCUUCUUAUCCUUAAUCUCUGUCUUCAUCAUACACGGCAACUUCUCGUACCCCACCGUGUCAGGCUGGCUGCCAGACCCCUUUUUUAGGAUCUACCUGAAGAACGUGCACAAGGACAAACAUGGUAGCGACACCGGGACCUACGACACGGAGGGCCGCUUCAUCCCGCAGCGCUUCGAGGAUGUGUUUGCCAAGUAUGCCAACGGCCGCAAUUAUCUGACGAUAUGGGACGUCAAGAACCUGCUGAAGGGCCAGCGGUGCAUCAUGGAUCCCGUUGGAACGUUUGGUGCUUUCUUUGAGUGGAUCGCAACGUAUCUUAUGCUUUGGCCGGCGGACGGGAAGAUGAUGAAGGAGGAUAUUCGGGGUGUUUAUGACGGGAGUAUCUUCUACACCUUGGCAGACCGGCGAGCGGCGGAAAGGUAAUGUUUGAUGUGAUAUGAUAAUGGAAAGGGAAGAAGACAUGGAUGACCUAGACACUUAUAGAGAAAAUAGAGACGAAGAACAAACGACCUCCUCGCUACCAAGGACCCGGUGUUCAAUUUUUAUACCUAGCUCAAUGAGAGCUUGCCCGAUAUGCUGGUUUCUGUACCCACAACAACCUUCCACGUCAGCCUAUCACUUUUUUCUUCAUUCGAUUUAUGUAAAAUGUAUUUUUAUAAAGACUAGGCGAGCGUAAGCAACGCGAUCGAUCAUUCGCGAAAGCUUACAUCAAUAUCUUUAACUCCCCCCUUACCCCUAUUCCCCUACC